CAUGCGAGAUAAGGAAUACCACAGGCCGAGUUCAAGUCCCCCUCGAACCUAUAUAAAGCGCGUCGGUGAGUUCUCCUCACCCUUAGCCAUGAGGUCCGCCGUCGUAAUCGCCCUGCUCGGGUUGGCAGCCCUGGCCUCUGCCUCCGAGUACCACAGGUACAAAGUGGUGAGCGUCGUUCCCAGAACAGCCGAGGACGCUACCGUAGUACGAAGGGCUGUCGACGCACUCAACCUGGACCAAUGGACGGACCCGCGCGCCCCCGGGGUUCCCGUGGACAUCAUGGUACCCCCGAGGCUUGCCCAGGGCUUCCUCAACGGUCUCAAGAUCCGUGGAAUCCCCUUCAGCAUCAAGAUUGACGACGUUCAGGCACUGAUCGACGAGCAGAUGGCCACCCAGAGGUCGGCUGAUCCUCACCCUCGCCAGUUCGACCACACAUCCUACCAGACCCUUGACCAGAUCUACUCCAUCUUGGACGCUGUGGAGAGUGACUUCGGUGAAAUGGUCUCCACUUACACCGCUGGAACUUCUUAUGAAGGCCGACCAAUCCGUGUAGCUAAGAUUUCAUCUGGCAACGGCGGCACCAAAGAGGUUGUGUGGAUUGACUGCGGCAUCCACGCCCGUGAGUGGAUCGCCCCGGCUACUUGCCAGUGGAUCAUGGACAAGCUGACCUCAGGCUACGGCAGCGACAGCGAGGUCACGGAGCUGCUCGACGCCUAUGACUUCCAUAUCUUGCCGUCUGUUAACCCUGAUGGCUACACCUUCACACAUACUUCCGAACGUCUCUGGCGUAAGAACCGUGUGCCCUAUGGCAGUCUGGGAUGCCACGGCACUGACCCCAACCGCAACUUCGACUCUGACUUCGGUGGCCCCGGAACCUCCAACAGCCCUUGCUCUGACAUCUACCACGGACCAUCCGCUUUCUCAGAGGCAGAGUCGCAGGCUGUCCGGGAUUCAGUCUUGGCCUUGGCUCCUCAGAUGAAGGUGUUCUUCACGAUCCACUCCUACUCUCAGCUCUGGAUGACUCCUUACGGCUACACCUCUAGUCUUCCUGCUAACUA